GCAUCGUAGAGGCGGAUGAGGAUCAGGACUGAAGCGGAUUUGUAGACAAGGUGGAUUAGAGGCUUAGAACAGGCAGCUAGCUGCAGCUCGGACACUUUACCUGGACUAGUCUGGAUCUUUCAGUACACCUGUAACUGUUCACUGAACAGACUUCCCGCCGCUUCGUGAUAAAAAAGAAGACGACGUCAGGAUCAACGAGACGCGUCAACACGUUUCCAUGACAACGAGCAGGUGUCCCUGUGUGAAUAAAGUUUGACAGCGCUGUCAUCAUGUCUGAGUCGAGCGGUGAUGGAGGGAAGUGGCUGGACGCUCACUACGACCCGGUGGCAGGUCUGUACACCUUCUCGUCCUGCGUGGACCUGGCGGACCUGAGCGGGGACGGGGAGAGCCAGCUGGUGGUGGGGGACCUGGGCUCGGGCUCGUCCGGGAUGAAACUGAAGGUGUACCGCGGCACAGCAUUGGUGAGUGAGAGCACCCUGCUGGACCUGCCCGCCGGCCUCGUCGCCUUCUUCAUGGACCUGCAUGAGCCGCGCAUCCCCGCCGUCGCUGUGGCGUCCGGACCCUGCGUCUAUGUCUACAAGAACCUGAGACCGUACUUCAAGUUCACGCUGCCUGGGCUGGAGGUCAACACACUGGAGCAGGACUUGUGGCAGCAGGCGAGGGAGGGGCAGAUCGACCCUCUGACCCUGAAGGAGAUGUUGGAGGGCAUCAGGAAGAAGGCCGACGUCCCGCUGUCCGUCCGCUCGCUCAGGUUCCUGUCUCUGGAGACCGGCGACAUGGACGAGUUCGUCCAGCUGCACAAACAGCAGCCAAUCAGACGGCAGACAGUCAUCACCUGCAUCGGGACGCUGAAGAAGAGCACGGCCGACGAGGACGGCGUCAGCUGUUUGGUGAUCGGGACAGAGAACAACGAUGUCUAUGUUCUCGACCCCGAAGCUUUCAUCAUCCUCUCCAAGAUGUCGCUGCCGGCCGCUCCCACCAUGAUGGAUGUGACGGGUCAGUUUGAUGUAGAGUUUCGCAUCACGGUGGCGUGUCGCAACGGAAACAUCUACAUCCUGCGCAGGGAGUCAGACAAACCCAAGUACUGCAUCGAGCUGACGUCUCACCCGGUCGGUCUGGUGAGGGUCGGGAAAAACGUGGUGGUCGGCUGCACUGACGAGAGUCUGCAGGGCUUCACACAGAAGGGGAAGAAGCUGUGGAGGACCGUCCUCCCUGCUCCCAUCACCACCAUGGCUGCCAUGGACCUCCCCACCCGGGGCUUCCAGGCGGUUCUGGUGGGACUGGCUAACUGUGAGGUCCAACUGUACCGGGACAAGAACCUGCUGAGCACCAUCAAGACGCCCGACACGGUCAGCAGCGUCUGCUUCGGCCGGUACGGGCGUGAGGACGGGACACUUGUCAUGACCACCAAAGGAGGCGGCCUGAUGGUGAAAAUCCUGAAGAGGACGGCAGCGUUCGAGGACAGGGACAGCGCCCCCGGGCCGCCGCUGGCCCAAAGCAUCCGCCUCAACGUGCCCAAGAAGACCAAGCUGUACGUGGACCAGACACUGCGGGAGCGGGAGAACGGCCUCGCCAUGCACCGCGCCUUCCAGAUGGACCUGAGCCGCCUCAGACUGGCCGCCGCCAAAGCCUACGUCAAGGCCCUGGAGUCCAGCCUGACGCCGAUGUCAUCCAGCCUCAGCGAGCCGCUCAAGAUGAACGCCGUGGUACAGGGUCUGGGUCCGUCCUUCAAACUGACCCUGAACGUCCAGAACACUGCGGCAUGUCGGCCCAUCAUGAGCCUGGCCAUCAGCUUUCUGUACGACGAGAGCCUGUACCGGAUGAGGAACCCCUACAUGAGGAUCCCGCUGCUGGUGCCCGGACUCAUCUACCCCGUCGAGACCUUCGUGGAGUGCACCAGCGACAAGGGCAUCUCUGACAUCAUCAAGGUGUUCGUCCUGCACGAGGGGAGGAGCUCCCCCCUGUUGACCGCCCACAUCAACAUGCCGGUCAGUGAGGGGCUGACACUCAACUGACCACAUGAUGCUUCAACAUUUAUAACAAACAGGGUCUGUGUAUUAAGCUACUUGUGCUUAAACAGGAAGUUCGUUGAUAAAAUGAUGAAAUUCCUCACAGACAAAAAAGGUGUAAAGGUUUCAUCUGUAGAUUUAGUGUGUCGGACGUCUGUAGUUUUACUGAAGCUGUUUCAUGUUUGUGUCUCAGUUUGUUCGUGUUGAAACAGCAGAGACACUGAGUUUGAUCAGAUUCAUCAGCAUCAGGGAUAAAAGUCACUAGGUUUUGUACAGAAAUAUGAACAGGACACAUUUCUGUAAAAACUGUGUAUUUUUUAAAUGGAGUCUUGUAUGUAGAAAAA